ACGACUCACUACAACAAACCCUUCACUGCUGCAAAACUCUACUUUUUGGCUUGUUUGAAACUUCUCUUCCCAUCACCGGUCAGCAUCAGUCUGCUGGUCGAUGUCCUGGAGAAACUGCAACACCAUAUCUGACCACCAAUUUUCUCCAUCCACCCUGCCGACCUCAAGUCCUCACUGCGGCCCUCUGGAAUCUCCAGUCCAGAUCCUGACCUGACAUACUGAGCUUGGAGAGGAAGAAGAGAAGUUCUCUGAAACAGAGGACGACAGGAGGAGACUGACCACAGUGAGGGAGAUCCGGAUCAUCUGCCAACAGACAGACAGGUGAGCAGUGAUGGGGGACUGGAGCCUCCUGGGGAACAUUCUGGAGGAUGUCCAGGAACACUCCACCUCAGUGGGGAAAGUGUGGCUGACUGUCCUCUUCAUCUUCAGGAUCCUGGUCCUUGGCACGGCCGCAGAGUCCUCCUGGGGCGAUGAGCAAUCCGACUUCCUGUGUGACACCCAGCAGCCUGGCUGCACCAACGUGUGCUACGACCGGGCCUUCCCCAUCGCUCACAUCCGCUACUGGGUGCUGCAGAUUGUGUUUGUGUCCACGCCCUCGUUGAUAUACAUGGGCCAUGCCAUGCACACGGUCAGGAGAGAGGAGAAGCGCCGACGCAAGGAGCAGGAGGAGAGGAGACAAGAUGGGGAGGACACUGAAGGGGAGAAGGAGUACCUCCAGCAGAAGGAGCAGUCUUCGGAGGUGCCGGGGCGUAUCCGCCUACGUGGGGCACUGUUACAGACCUACAUCCUCAGCAUCCUCAUUAGGACGGUGAUGGAGGUGACCUUCAUUGUGAUUCAGUACAUGAUCUAUGGAGUGUUCCUCAGGGCACUGUAUCACUGCAAGGCCUGGCCCUGUCCCAACCCAGUCAACUGCUACAUGUCCAGACCCACAGAGAAGAACGUCUUCAUUGUCUUCAUGCUGGUGGUGGCAGGCGUGUCCCUGCUCCUCUCUGUGAUUGAGCUCUAUCACCUGGGCUGGAGGCGAGCCAGGAAGUGUCUGAGAAACCGAGCCCUUCAGAAGUCCGCCAUCAACAAUGCCGUAGCCAUACCUGAUGCCACGGAACACACCUCUGCACCCUGCGCCUCCGCCCUGUCCUGCACGCCUCCCCCUGAUUUCAGCGAGUGCCUGACAUCGCCACAGGCGAUGAGUCCAAUGGCUUCCUCGAUGACCUCUCACCCCUUUAACCAGCGCAUGGCGCAGCAGCAAAACUCUGCCAACAUGGCAACUGAGCGCCAUCACAGCCUCGACCACCUGGAGCAUCACCACGAAAACGUGGAGGUGGAAGGGAGAUUCCUGAGGAUGAGCUAUGACCAGGUUCCCACGAGCUGCUCGCCUCCACCUGCUCUAUCGCAGGCUGGGUAUGUAAAGGACAAACGACGUCUCAGCAAGACCAGUGGGACGAGCAGCUGGGUCCGUCCUGACGACUUGGCCAUUUAGGAGCACAUCUAGGGGUAUAGGUGGGGGAGAAUGGGAGGUCUGGGGGAAUAAAAAGAAUGUCUGCUCUCUAAGAACGACAGAGAGAAAGAUGGGAAGUGAGGGGUUAAAGAGUGGUGUAGAGUUUCAGAUACAACAUUGCUGGACCAAGUCUCAAAAGUUGGGGGAACCGGAAAAAUAUAAGGAGAUGUGAGGACCAGAAAAGCAACACAGACCCCAGAACAAUGAAGAGAAUGUGUGGGUCUAAGACUACCAAGAGAGAGUUAAA